AGUGGCCCCCCAAAAUGGAAGCGGUCCUCCGUCCACUUUGUUUUUCUACAAAUAGUCAUUCUCACAUACGAAGAUAUACAAGUCAGUCUCCCAACAAUUCAGCUCCUAAAAAAGAAAAGCAGAUGCCAUGCCCCACGAAAAGAAUCUAGAGUAUCACAGAAGGAGCUGCUUGGGUUGUUCCGAGUGAUGAAACAUCGAGUUAUUUCAAAUCCGGUGAUUCAUUAAGAAUAGGCAAAAAUUCUUUACAGUUUUUCAGUUGCUGGCGGCUUCACCUCCCGCCUGGAUCCUUCGACAAUAACUUUCCUCACCGAAUAUGGCUUCAACAUCGCUACACCUCGCCAUGUACCCCUGGUUUGCUUUUGGCCACCUUUCCCCAUUUCUCCACCUUUCCAACAAACUUGCCCAGAAAGGCCAUACAAUCUCCUUCUUCAUCCCCACCAACACACAACCAAAGCUGGAACCUUUCAAUCUCUAUCCAGAUCACAUAACCUUUGUCCCCAUCACUCUUCCUCAUGUUGAUGGCCUCCCUUCUGACGCUGAGACCACUUCAGAUGUGCCAUUCACUUUAUACCCACACCUUAUGACUGCCAUGGACCGGACUGAGACUCAUAUUGAUCUUCUCCUCCAUGACCUUAAACCAGACAUUGUCUUGUUUGAUUUUGCUUAUUGGGUUCCAAAAUUGGCACGAAACUUAGGUAUCAAGUCGAUUGCUUACAGCGUUGUCAGUGCAGCAGCAGUAAGUUACAUCAUAGUCCCUGCAAGGCAACGCAGUGGUUACCACUCCGAGGCUGACUUUAUACAGCCCCCGUCUGGUUUCCCAGUAUCCUCUAUCAAGCUCCAUGUCAACGAAGCUCGGCUCUUUGCUGCACUGUCAAACAUGAAGUUUGGCAGCGAUGUCCUUUUUCUUGAUCGCCUAUUCACAAGCUUAGAUCAGUCUGAUGCGGUUGGAUUCUGGUCAUGUAGAGAAAUUGAUGGACCUUGUAUUGACUACUUUGUGAGCCAGUUCGAGAAGCCCGUGCUUGUUUCAGGACCAAUUAUAGUAGACCCACCAGCCUCUACUUUAGAAGAGAAAUGGGUUGAAUGGCUAGGAAGUUUCACGGCGGGCUCAGUAAUUUACUGUGCAUUGGGUAGUGAGUGCAAGUUAGAGAAAGAUCAAUUCCAGGAAUUGGUAUUGGGUCUUGAGCUUUGCGGUUGGCCAUUUCUUGCAGCUCUUAAACCACCCAUCGGGGCUGAGUCUGUUGAAGCGGCGCUGCCGGAAGGGUUCCUAGAACGGAUUAAAGGAAAAGGAAUGGUACAUGGUAGAUGGGUUCAACAAAGAUUGAUUUUAGGCCACCCAUCAAUUGGGUGCUUUGUCACACACUGUGGCUCAGGUUCUUUGAUGGAAGCACUAAGGAGUGAGUGUCAGCUGGUAAUGUUACCGCAGACGCCUGAUCAAAUUAUCAGUGCGAGGAUGAUGGCCAACAAUUGGAAGGUUGGGGUAGAAAUCGAGAAAGGGGAAUUAGAAGACGGCUUGUUCACAAAGGUAAGCGUUAGCAAGGCUGUGAGGAGUGUGAUGGAGGUUGAUAGUGAGGUUGGGAGGCUAGUCAGAGCCAAUCACGGUAAACUAAGAGAGCUCUUGCUCAGCGUAGAUUUACAAUCAUCAUAUAUUGACGAUUUCAGCGAGAAGCUUAAAGAUAUGGUUCGAUAAUUUCUCAGUAAGUACGUAUGGCAAAUGUAGAAGCAAACAUCAUUAUUUUCUGCAAUAAUCCUUAGCCUUCUUUAAUUAAUGCACUGCUAUUGUGAAUGCAACGAAA